AUGUGUUUUAUCAAACCUAGUCAAACAGAUUAUUGUAAAUAACACAUUUUAGUGUAAAUUCAGAAUUGAAAAAUGGCUUUCAUGCAAAUGUUUUUAUUGGCUCCCUCAGCAGUAACUCUGAAGUAAUAAUUAAGUUACUGUUCGUCUGUUCAGACUGCACUGAGCAGUAACUAUUGCUUUCAAAACAAAAUGGCCGCCGAAAAUCUACUUGCAAACAACUCAUCGAAGAAAAAAUUGAAGAAAUUAAAGGACAUACUAUUCCUCUAAAAGCAAAAGAAGCAACAAUAUAUGUGGUAUUAUUUGCAAUUUAAAACCGGAAAAUAACAUAAUCGGGUGGCACGGUUCUGACAUCUGGAUUCGCUUGACUCAAAAGUAAAAUUAGAGUGAAAUAAAUUAUAUUUCCCUACAACGUGUGUAUAUAUUUUUAUUUUUCCAUUCAAUUAUUUUUUAGUAUAAAUUCAUUUAUAUACUAAAACACCAAAUAGUUACCUCCGUCUUGGUGAUCACCGAAGACUAUAUAUAUUUACUUCGCAGCUUAGUGAAUAUAGGCUUGUAAUCACCUCGCCUUCUGUGACUAAUUGUUAAAUAGACAAUGUUUGUACAUUUGCAGCUGCAGUAAUUACUAAAUUAGUUACGCUGAAUCUCUGGUAUAAAAUUAAACUAUCUGUUGCCUCGUAUAUUUGGCAUGUUCAUUGUAUCUCAAAUUCAGAGACACUGAGGCUGUGCACCCGCAUCCCCAAAUUGGGGAUAAUUUACAAAUUUAAAUCUUUGUGUAUAUUUAUCCUAUUCCAAUACAAAUUGCAAUAAUAUAGAACACGAUAAUUUAUCAAAUAAAGGCAAAUAAAGUAUAAAAAGCUUUUUUAUGUAAUAUUUACAUUGAACUUGUAGAUUUAUACUUGGAAUACCCCCACUCCACAUUUUAAUUUUUGCAGAAACUCAUAACAAAAAGGAGGGCAAAUUAUUUUCAUUAGCACCCUGUAUAAUUAAAAUUUAUUUUGACUUUAUCGACAAAAAGCUGUUAAUUUCAAUGAACAUUCAAAUAAUGAACAUAAGAAUAGUUUCAUGCUGGGGCCGGUUGUAUAAAAACGUCGUUAACUUUAACUAUGAUUAGCGUUAAUCACUGUGGUUAAAUCCUCAACUAUGAUUAGUUAACUACACGACUUAAUUGCGUCGCACAAAACGUAGUUUGUCGGAUGAUUAACUAAUCACUGAGUUAACUUGCGUGGGGCUUGCGUGGGGCUUGCGUGGGGCUUGCGUGGGGCUUGCGUGGGGCUUGCGUGGGGCGUUUUAAACACAAAAUUACAUAAAGUAAGCAGCGAUUAACGACCGCUGACAAGCAUUUUUAGCAUGAUUGUGGACUUUCAUUUUGCAAAUAGGCGGGAAUUUUAUCACAGAGAAAAGAUAUACCAGAGAGAAAACACGCGGCAAAUUGUGUCACGCCGAUAUAUUUAGUCUAUUUACUAUAGAAAAUUAUAUUAAUUCGGUAUUUUAUUAAAUUUUUACCAUGCAGAGGAAAAAACUAUACGUAUUAUAGAAAUAAACAUUUUUUUAUGCAAGAGUUAUUUUUUGAGGCAUUUAUAUCGUUCGCUGCUUUGUUUUUUAUAUAUGAACAUCUGAAACCUCCAGCCAGUGCUUUUCACGAUUUUAAUAACGAGUAUAGAUAGGGAAAAAAAACACUUUUGGGAAAUAAAAUGUUAUGUUAACACUUUUAAUAAAAGGAAAUCAAUAAAAGUGAUCGCUUACCGUUAUUCUACAAUAAUUUAAUUAUUGGAAAAAAUUUCCAUGGGUAUCUCAUUUUUAAAAAAAAUCCAUUUUCACCUUUCGAACGGCGUUUUCCCUAUCUUUUCUUACGAAAUUUCAGCGACGGCACUGUCUGGAAGAUUUUGCGUGGCGCGUGGAACCUGCUAGAACGCGUGACACAAAAAUUCAGAUUAUCGAGGUGUCUGUUUCCUCUCUGUACUAUCUCUCCUCUGUGAUUUUAUUGAAAACAGUGAAAAUAUACAAGAAAACAACGAAAAAAUCAACGAAGAAGGCCAUUUUUACUUGGGAUGUCUACAUUAAACCAAAGUAUAACUGUUUGGCAAUUAUAUAUCAUGUUUCUUCGUGUAAUGGGCCCUACAUCGUCUUCGAGAAAUCUUCCCGUGCAAAAAUAUAUUUUGUUUUCGCCGAAAAACCAAAGCGAUAGCGUUUGAAGAGUUUAUAUUGUCAGAAAACAUUCACAGGGAAGAUAGCGAUUGAAAAUCCCAGGUAAGCAUUACUUCUCAUUGUUGUUUUACUGAAAACUGUUGUUCACUCCUAUACAAGCGCCAUUUUUAACUACGUUUUGAGAAGUUAACGAUACCCUAAAGCAUCGUUAACUUUAACUACGUUUUAACUAUAGUUAACGCUAACCACUUUUUUUAUACAACCGAGUUAACUACGUGACUAAAGUUAACCACAAUUUAACUACAAAAUAGUGAUUAAAAAGUGAUUAAGAGCUUUAUACAACCGGCCCUUGAAUGUUACAUUAAAAUAAAGCCCACAUAAUGCAAAAAAAACAUACCUAUACGUUACAUAUUUUAGCAAUUGAUAGUUCUGUGGUUAAAAGCGUUCACGUUUCAUUUAUUUUUUUUCAGUUUUGUCACAAAAAAUUUAAAAAAACAAUUAUCGUGUUGCAUGUCAUGGCUAACAUGACGCGAACGACGCGAGCCUGUACAUGUGUUCAGUCUUGGCGUAAUUAAGGAUGUUGAAACAAUAUUUGGAAAAUAUAGAGAAGGAUUUGCUGCAUUUAAUCAUGUAUUUCUCGUUAUGUAAUAAUCGGAAAAGCAUGUCAGCUUGAGGCAUAAAAAAGCCGUUUUCAGUUUAGCUGGUAGGCUAUUUUCAGAUUUAAUUAUCUAAUGGAACGUUGUUAAUUAGAUUAAAGAAAUUAGUGAUUUACUUAAUCGUUUAUAGUGCGGCUCACCUCAGUGCCACACAAUUCUAUCUAUGUGUCACUAAUCUCUCCAAUUUUGCUAUAUAAGUUGUUUGUACUUUUUGAAGUUAAGCAUUGCCAAUUAAAAUAAUCUAUACAGGCACUUCGACAGUGAAUCCUGCUUAAUAGAUUACAGUGGUCUUGGUUCAGUUACAUAUUCAGUUAUUCUUUGCUGCCUUAUAGGGCCUGGCGUUCCAAUUAUAGAUACCCAAUCUACAUUUGUUAGUUUGACAACAAUAUCCCUGAAAUGGUCUCCACCCUUCCAGCUUAAUGGUGUGAUAACAAAGUACAAAGUGUGCUGGCAUUCGACAGAUAGUUCAGUUAGCUGCAUAGAUACAUUGGUUGCCCAAAUUGGUUCAUACGUAAUAACGAAUCUAAGGCCAGGAACCACGUAUCAUGUAUUACUAUCGGCUUUUACGAAGAUUGGCGAAGGACCUGCUGACACAACGCAAAGAAAAACUAAUGAAAGUGGUAAGUGAAAGAUUCAAAUUCUGCACAGCUACAGAGGCAGAAUGUGAUUUAAUAUUAAUGCAUAUCCGAUUUUCAUUCAUCACUUCCAAUACCGAAAUCCCACAGUCUCAGUUGAAUUGCAUACUAUCACUAUGCAUGUGCAAUGAUUAAGAAUGUCAUCCAUUUUUCUGUACGGUUUCAAAAUUUCAAUCAUUUUAUGAUAAUUAUUAUUUUUUAACUAUAAACGCUCUGUGCGUGCAUCUAGUUUUGUUUUACCGCCACUAUGUUUAAUAACAUAAUGUAUGGUUUAUUUUAUGCAAUAACAUUCUAUAGUCGUAAUUAAAGCUAUGACAAGUUUUCAUAUUUAACAUUUGCAUGUAUGUACCUACAACAAAUACUCCACGACAAGUUUUUGGUUUUCUGACCGCGACAAUUGCUAUUAUUUAUUAAGUAUUACAACAUUAAAUCGCUGACCAAUCAGUGCAUGCACGUUCUCAAAUUACUUUGCCAAAUUUUCUUUGUUGACUUGUACUGACAUACAAAAUUUGUACUUUGCCAAUUUCUAUAACAAGUGCACUUUAAAUACAAACAAAAGGGGAAAAUAAAAAUGAUUUUCACUACAAAUGACACAGUAAUGAAGACUGCUAUAAUUGCGCCAUAACAAGAAAAUCGAAAAACUUAUAUAUCUAAAUCCAAACCGGAAACGCCAAUUUAUAUUUCUUCGUUCCGAUGCAUUCAAUUGUUUUCGUAAUUUAUUUAGAUCUGCAUGGGAACAAACUUCGGGCCACUUUGGUAGUAGGUGUAAGUGAUGACACAACGCAGAUAGGAUUCACACUGCCAAGAAUAAAAUCUUCAGAAAGCUCAAAAAUACAGUAAGUAAUUUUUUUCAAAUGGCUUUACACUUGCUGAGCUAUGCGAUUUAGCUCAAUUCAGUCCAAUUCAAUUCAAAUGAUUUCAAUUCGGUCAGUCAUUCAUUCAUCUAGUCAGCAAGAUAACUGUACAAAACGGUAAAACUCCUGGGUGUGUUUGCGAUUGAUCGUUGCAACCUAUCUAUAUGAAACUUCAGCUUCCCAACUUUGGAAUAAUAUUUCGAGUAAAUAUAAUAAAUAUUUUAUUAUUCACUUUCUACACGCAGUUUUUCGGUAUGUUGUAGCUGUUUGAUCAAUUUUCAACCAUGAAACUUAGAAACCACGUGAUCUAAUCGCCCUUUAAUAGUAUAAGAGGUCAAUCCAAUGUUUUUAUGUCAGAUACAGUGUAGUUUACCUGCAGUACUUAUUAGACUUAAGAUUAAAGGCGUUUCUGCUAUAUUUUUACAUUUCCUGAUACGACCACCCUUCUAUGCAAUGACUCUGAUGCGUAUAGUUCCUAUACGUAUAGUUCCUACGCGUAUUAAUAGUUCCUAUGGUUAGUCAUUCCAACAAGAGAGUUCUUGACACUAAUGAUAAUUGAGCUAUUUGCAUGAUACCAAAUUAUAGUAAAAUAAAAUUUAAAAUCUAAGUCUGUUAUACCGUUGAGCUUAACGCCAAUUGGCAAUCGUCAGACUAAAUUGUUUAUUGUUCAUGUUCGUAUUCAAAUUUUCAAGUGCAAGUUUCAAUAUCAAAAAACCCUUAUAAUGUUAUAUGUUAAGGUACAAGUUCCGAUCACUAGUUUAAAAGUGAUUUUUCUUCAUUGAGGAUGGAUAGCCAUCUUUUCUUGGACAUAGAUUCGCUGUACAACUUAUACACGGUUUGAUGUGGGAUCGACCUGCUUGUCCCUGCCUCCUCCGCAGGCCCUCGUUGCGUCAUGGGAAGGUCACGAUCUGGCGAGGGCCUGCGGAAUCUUGGAAAAAAAUGGCGCCGGCGUCACGUCAGCAAGUAAAUUUCUACAUAAUCUUGAAUAUAAACAGAUAUCAAAAAGCGGUGUAAAACUUGUAAAAUAAACUGGCGACUCUAUAAGGACGUGGAAGGAAGGAUUUUUUAACGGUAAGGUUUGUUGUCCACACCAACGUUGCAUGAAUAAAACUGCCUUCUUUAACGAAGCAGGUUCAAAACAACAUUUAUUCAUUUUACAAGAUUCCGCAGGCCCUCUCGAAAUCGUUACCUUCCCAUGACACAACGAGGGCCUGCGGAGGAGGCAGCUGCUUGUCCCUUCAAUUAAACCAUAAUAAUUUACGUGCUUUGAAAGUGCUGUCUUAUUCACGUAUCUUCUGCUUGUGAAGCAAUAUUAAGUAAGAAAAAAGAGUAACGUUUCCUUUGAGGUUUACGAAGAUAAAACGGAAAGAAUGUUGUUUUGAAUUUGCUCUUGUCCUUUCUUGGAUUUAUGUCGAUACUUAUGUCACACACUUGAUUGCAUUUCUUUGUUUCGCUUUUUGUCUUCCCUAUACACUGUAUGCGUAUUCAUGCAUCGCAAGUGAAGAAUGCGAGCUUGUGAAUGUUGUGUAUUGUUUUACAGGAAAGGCUUGAUAACACCAGUUGUGUGGACUGAUAAUUUUGCCAUUUGUGGUUGAUACAGCGGGUAAUAUUUUUCGUCCGCACUGGUAUCUUCUUCCAUACACCAACCAUGGUAUUUCCACGCCCUACCCUACCUUGCUCCACCCAACAAUAGUGGGUAUUUGGCAGGGCAUUGCGGGAAAUUGGCCACAUUUUUUUAGAUAUUAAUGUUAAAAUUUAGAUUACCUUACAUACACAUUAAUAAACAACUCUGAUUGCAGUAGUAUAAAAUUUCACGGUUGUCUGGAAAACGCGUGCACGUACACGCGUGCACGUCCACGCGUACAUGGAAAACGCGUACAUGGAAAACGCGUACAUGGAAAACGCGUACAUGGAAAACGCGUACAUGGAAAACGCGUACAUGGAAAACGCGUACAUGGAAAUCGCGUACAUGGAAAACGCGUACAUGGAAAACGCGUACAUGGAAAACGCGUACAUGGAAAACGCGUACAUGGAAAACGCGUACAUGGAAAACGCGUACAUGGAAAACGCGUACAAUGUUCAUCCUCGAGCCGGCGGCGCGAAGCGCCGUGCGAGGGUACUAAUUCCCCCCGGCUAUUUACACCCGGGGAAAAGAAAGCAUUAGCGAAGUCUAAAGUUCAUCAAUGAGCGCGGGCGUCGGUCACCAACGAUGGGUGGUCAUCCUCACUGAUCUCAAAAAUAUGGCGGACUGUCAUGAAUAACGGACACUGAUUGGUCCAAUUUAAACUUUGCAUUAUAACGACUGCAUGACGACAGCGAAAUAGCAAACAUUUCUUGAUUUGAUGAGUUGAUGAUUGAUAAAUUUCUUGCAAAUAUUCUUCAUUUUUGCUCGUAUUUCUGCAAGAUUUUGUAAAUUUCAAGAAAGAAAGGGCGAAAGAAUCAGCUGAAAGAAGGGAGCCGACGUUAACGAAGGUAAGUUUGUUUUAAAUAUUGAUUUUAUAAUGGUUUUAAAACUCGACGGCCUUUGCGUAUAUGAAACAACUAAAUAAGACGGCAUAUAAUUUCAGUGUAUCUUUAAUAUUGAUUCUCUUUUUUAUUAUAUUGAAUUUUUUAAAUAAAAAAUAAAGCAAAGUUAUUUGCAAGCGAGAAUUUGAAAUAAUUUUAUUGCAAACUCAAAGUUUAUCGAUAAAGCCAUUCAAUAGUUUAUAAAGGCAGUUUAGUUUUAUAAAGAACACUUUAAAACGUUUUGUGAAUUGUUUGUGGUUGAAUUUUACCUUAAAUUGAAGCUUGUAUUACGUAUAAUUACAUACCUAACAUAUAUAUGUUGGGAAAUUGAUAAUUUUGUAAUUAAAAGUGAUAUUUUUAGGCGAUUUUCAUUUGUAAGAAUAUUCUUUAAAAAUUAUCGUGUUACCAUGACAAUUACUUUAGAUACUUCAUGUUCGGAAAAUACAACUGUUUUGUCAGCAAGGCGAGGGUUUCUGCAUGCAUGUAUUUUCUAGUUUGUAACGUUAAUUAAAACUUGGCGGUUUUAUUGGAAGUCCUCCUGCAGACCUAGUGAUUGUGUCAACCCAGGGCUGAAAUUAUCAUGUGUUAUUCGAGCAUACGUGGUAGUGACUAUUUAUUACAAGAAAACAAAAUAAAGGCUUUUUUACUUCCGCGAAUCGAUGCCGAGAACGUAUAGUAUAACGUUUCAACCCCGGGGUCGAAAUCGUCUAUGUAAUCGUAAAAAAAUUCAACUCGGUUAACAGGGCUGAGUUCAACCCCGGGGUUGAAAAUGCUCCAUGUAAUCGGCCCCUUAGUUUGAUCUAAUCAUGUUGUAUCACCAUGUCGUUCCACGGCAUGUAAAGUUUAUACUUACACCUAAUUUAAUAAGGGUUUGGGGUUAUGUCUACCCUGGAUUCCAGAGCCUUCGACAGUAAAUAAUAAAUUGAAACACCGCGAAGGCUCUGGUUGAACUGGAAGACUCUUUGAUUAAACGGCGCCAAUCACAAAACAGAAUUAGUGGUUUUAGUACAGAAUCUGUACUUAUAUAUGUAUAUUUCACUAAAUAUUAAAUAAAUAUCAUCACUUCGGGUAAUAUUCCGCCGAAUCCCCCUCGCUUCGGGUCUAUAAAUGAUCAAUAAACUAUAUGCUAAAGAAAAUCUUAACAAUUUAAAAUAAUAGAUAAUUUUCUAUAAGCGUCAGUGCAUAAUUUUAAAUGUUUCUUCAUUGGAUUGUGAGGUUUCCGAAUGUGUGAUUAAUAUAUCUCCAAUGUUCAUCACGGAGAAGUGGCAUUAUCUCACGUGUAUGGGAUAAUAGCGUGAGGUGGUUGGAAACACGGCUGCUUUUUCUGGACGCAUGUUGGAACACAAUGAAAGUACUAAACAUUACGUAGUCCACUGUGAAGUUGUCCUUCACGGAGGCCAUGAUCUGACCAUCAUUGACACAAUCACUAGGUCUGCAGGAGGACUUCCAAUAAAACCGCCAAGUUUUAAUUAACGUUACAAAUGAACAUUGUACGCGUUUUCCAUGUACGCGUUUUCCAUGUACGCGCGUUUUCCAUGUACGCGUUUUCCAUGUACGCGUUUUCCAUGUACGCGUUUUCCAUGUACGCGUUUUCCAUGUACGCGUUUUCCAUGUACGCGUUUUUCAUGUACGCGUUUUCCAUGUACGCGUUUUCCAUGUAAGCGUUUUCCAUGUACGCGUUUCCAUGUACGCGUUUUCCAUGUACGCGUGUACGUGCACGCGUGUACGUGUACGCGUGUACGUGCACGCGUUUUCCAGACAACCAAAUUUCACUAUAUGAUCUUUAUUGCAUGGCCGUUUCCAUAUACCAACCAUUGAGCAAUCCGUAUCGAAGGUGUCGGCCAAAGCUUUUUCCACCUAAAUUAUUUUUUAGAUCCAAUUAUACAUGGUGUAUAAAAAAAACUGAACAGAUUGGAAAUUGCUAUCAAUUUCGCAAAACAGCUUUAGUAUCCAGUUUUGAUGCAUAUAACUUCUUUGAGUACUUAUAAAUAAUGUAGAAUAAUGGAAAAAAUUACAUAUUGCUGACAUAUGCAAAUUAGGCAAAGGCAUUAAUUAAGCAUGCAAUUCAAAUAGCUGAUUUUAAGGAAAAAAUGAAAGUUUGCGUGAAUGGUUAAAGGGCUUAAACUAAAGCAAAUUAUCUGAAAUUUUGUACCGUAAUUACAAGCCCAACAAAUUUUCCAUCUAUUAGCUCAAAAUAUGAUCAAAGCUUUUAAAUUUCGCGCGCAAGCCAUUUUUAGUUUGUUGGAAAAGACACCCCCCCCCCUGUAUCACAAAAUUUAAGUUAGAUAAUUUUUUCAUUAUUCUACAUUAUAGGUACUCAAAGAGGCUAUAUACAUAAAAAACUGGAUACUAAUAGCGGUUUUGCGAAAUUGAGAACAAAUUCAUAUCUGUUCAGUUUUUUUUAUACACCCUGUAUACAAAACCACAACGAAAAUUUUUUUCAGACAGUAUUUAUACUGGUGACUAAUACGACUAAUGGUAUUUUGAUUUAGGUAUUUCUGCGUAAUUGUCAAACGCUGGUCUACCAAUGAGAACGAGAACGUCCUUCGUGCAACACCUCAGAGUGACCUAACGAACUUCGACAACUCAAAUAGUGGGAAGAAGGCGUACAUAAGUAUAAUAAAAAAUGACUACCAAAGCGAUAUGAAAAUCAUUGUUGGAGAUAAUGUGGAGACAACUCUCAUUACCAGAAGAAAACGCAGAGGUGUCAUUGAAUACCGAAAUGCCCCUCUCAAUGAAAAUAUACAAUACGCAAUAUUUAUACGUGUGUUUUAUGAUAAAAAUGGGGUAAGUUAUAUUUAGCAAGUCUUGAUAUAGUUGCUGUUGUUGUUGCUGUGGCUGUUGCUGUUGCUGUUUCUGAUGCUGUUGCUGUUGCUGUCGCUGUUGCUGUUGCUGUUGCUGUUGCUGUCGCUGUCGCUGUCGCUGUCGCUGUCGUUGUCGUUGUCGUUGUCGUUGUCGUUGUCGUUGUCGUUGUCGUUGUCGUCGUUGUUGUUGUUGUUGUUGUUGUUGUUGUUGUUGUUGUUGUUGUUGUUGUUGUUGAUAUUGCUAAUUUGUUAAAAGGUACUUGAAAUAUCGAGUAUGCGCAAGUAAUAGGACCGUAACCGAUUGAAUAAAUCUCUUUUCUCUUAGCUACGUUUAACUACAGGUAUUUUGUUGGAUACUGAGUACUGUUCACCCAAAAAUAACCCUUACGGAAUUUCACAUAUAAUUUAUAUGGAAUUAGAACAUUUCACAAGCGAAAAUGUUCAUUUCAUAUGUGAAAUGUGACGAACAGAAUCUUUUUAUAACGAAAUGUUUACUCUACAGCGCCAAAACAACAUUGUAAUGGCUGGAAAUACUAGCAAAUCAAAACGCUGAGUCGAUAAUUCUUCGAUGCGAGAAAUACCGUCCGACCACUCAAAUUGCGAGUAAAACAAUAUUUUUCACAAUUGAAGCUGAAAAUCUUCUUCCCUGGGAAGACAAUUUUUAUUUCAUUCUUCUACUGAAGAUAAAUCUCAGUCUAUACUUAUAUAGUAGAAAGUGAUCGCUAGAUAGUAUACUUCAAAAUAAGGUUUCUUUUUUGUUAACGUAGAAAAAACUAUCUUAACGCAAAGCUAAUCCCUAACCCUAAUACUAUCCCUAAUCCUAACCUAACCCUAACCCCAACCUAAACCUCAACCUAACCCUAACAUUUUUAAAAAUUGAUAUAAAAAGGGAAACCUUAUUUUGAAGUAUACAAUCUAGCAAUUGCCAUAGUAAAAACUGUAUUACAAGCAGUUGGAUAAAACCGGGCUCUAAACUUAUCCAUGGUCUGAAUAACCGUUAACAGAAUAAACGGCUGUAAACAUUUAUUAUAUAUUUUCGUUUUGAAGGCUUCAUUUCAAAACUCUGAUGUCUUGGUUAAAGCAACAGCUUUUGCUGGUGAGUAUUCUCAAUAUUUCUUUUACUGUAACAGUUGUGGCAGUGAUUAUCGUUGCUGCAUAGACCAUGUACUUCCAAAAUAUACAUUUAAAUAUUCUUUUUCGUGCAUAUUAAUACAUCUUCUUGGCAUCCUUCAUUAACAAAAAUUAUAUUCAAUUUCAAUCACAGAAAUGAUGUCAAGAAGGCUUUAAUUAACAUGAAGUAUAAGCAUUUGGCCAGCACUUAAAGGCCGUUUUUCAUUAACGUUCGCUUUGCCCGCGCGGGCGAAGCGUUCAUUGAUUUUGACGCCCGUCACGCCCGCGUGAGCAGGUUUUCAAAGUCCGCUCCGCCCGCGCGGGCAAAGCGACUGCAAUGGAAACCGGCCUUAACGCAGGCUAGCGUUGUACUUCAAGUGUUGCCAUGGCAACACAUUCGUUUUCAAAUUUUUAUUUUUUCCUAUAUAUUUUUUUCUUAUAUAUUUUUUCUUAUAAAUUUUUAUUUAUUUGAAUUUUAAAAUUUAAGUUAAAAAAUUGAAAAUCAAAAUAUUAGUUGAAUGACUAGUAAUUUCCGAAAUUUAUACUUUGCGCGCUUUAAUUUAAUGUAGAUGUAACAAAUGUUCAUUGAAACAAACUGUACACUUUGCCGACAAAUGUCGAACUUAACUUUAUAAAACAAAAGAGGUUAAAAUUGUUGAGUGAUUUCAUUUCGGCUUUGAAAUUAAUCUGCUCUUAUUUACAUUUAAUUUUUUUCCUAAAUUCUACAGUGUAAUUUAGCUAACAUUUAAAGAAAAUAUUUAAAGAAACAAAAUUCAUAAAUAUUAAACAUUCAAAGAAAACUUGCCAUGUAUAUUUUACAUUUUCCUAUUGUAAAUCAAUUCCUCGCAUUUCUUCAAAGAAAAAUUCCUUGAAAGUUCCUUGUCCUAAAUAUAUGUUGUCAGACAAAUUAUCUGAGAGCCGACUUCACACAAAAAAAUCUUUAUUUAGAAUUCACUUUUCACUUUACAAACUCAAAUUUGCAAUCCAAUAUGUGUCAAUCCAAUAUUUCAAUUAAGGUUGUCCCCGAGAAAAGCGGAAAAGUCGAAUACGAGCGCGAAAGGCUUGCUGGGAAUCGCUAAUUUGAGUAUGCUAUGUCACAAUGCAAUAUAUCAUUUAUAGAAAUUCGCAUACAUAUGUUUUCCAAACAUACUCUCAGUGUUAAAAACUUCAUCACUUCUAGUAGCAUUUCGCCAAAUCCCUCCUUGAUCUCGGCCGAAAAUAAACACCAAACACUUACCGUAUUACCCGUACUUUGCAUGUUUUGCGCAUUUAUUUGAUAACUUUUAGUGAUAUCUGCGCAAAAUUAAUUAAGUAUAAUGCUCUUAAGUUGAAUUGCGCCCUAAUUUGUCCUGCCUUAUUAUUUUACUCUGUCUAAUGCCGGACGAUUUUAAUUUAUUCGUUAUGGAGAGACCGUUGGCGCCCAAUAAAGUCAAUAAAGAUCUAUUAUUUCUUAUUUGUAUUAUUUCCUACGAUAUUAAAUCACUUCUCAAUUCUAACUUAUAGAUGCAGAUAAAGAUAGUGAAGAUUGGAAACUUCUUAUUGGUAUUAUAGUAUUCCCAAUUCUUGUAACAAUAUUGCUCAUCCUCAUUGUUUAUUUUGUUUAUCAAAAUCGAACAUUGAAAAGAUCCAUCGCUAGUAUAAUACUUCGUAACAAGGAAACAACAAAUGCAACAAAGAAUGAUGUUGUUUACGAUCAUCCAUUUGAUACACGUGGCGACAGAGAUGACGAGAUGACCUAUGACGAUGUACGAGUUGACGAUCCAACAUACACAGCUCUGAAUUACAGAACUGGAAACGAAGAUGAAGAUCAUACCUAUAGUCAUUUGAAUGAGAUGCAAGAAAAUGAAACUGAAAUUUAA